CCAUUGGCAUCGAUCGCGAGGCCGCUGGCGAUAGCGCGUGGGUGCCGCCAUCGCGCGUCGACACGACAAAAUCGCGUGAGAGGCCCAAUGAAGAUGGCCGUUACAACGGGGUACAACUAGUUUUUGACGGUGUUUCGUGCGGUUCACGCGCGAUCACCGCGAACCCAUCAUCGAAUAAUUACUCUUCAACAGUCGAAUAAGAUCGAUUCGCGUAACGUUAUCAUCGUGAGAGUAGCCUGUCAUCGACAAGGUGUCAGCCGACAAAGGAGCCACUGACAGGAAUGACUAACGAGUGGUCUUGAAGCCGUGUAAAUAAUACAAAUCGCAUCCCAAUCAUCCUGGAAAAUUGGUGCUGAGGAAUGUAGGUGACGAGAGCACUGAUCAUAAUAACAACAUUACAAUGACGAGUGAGGAUCUACUGCAGCCGGGACAUGUGGUCAAAGAGAGAUGGAAAGUUAUAAGGAAAAUUGGCGGUGGUGGGUUCGGAGAGAUUUACGAGGGCCUGGACUUGCUGACCAAAGAACAAGUGGCCCUCAAAGUCGAAUCAGCCCGACAGCCGAAGCAAGUUCUUAAGAUGGAAGUUGCCGUCCUCAAAAAACUUCAGGGUAAAGACCACGUUUGCCGCUUCAUCGGCUGUGGCCGUAACGACCGAUUCAACUACGUAGUGAUGCAGCUGCAGGGUAAAAACCUGGCAGAGCUUCGCCGAGCCCAACCUCGCGGUGCAUUUUCCCUCUCCACAACACUCCGUCUCGGUCUUCAAAUCCUAAAAGCAAUAGAAAGUAUCCAUCAAGUGGGCUUCCUCCACAGGGACAUAAAACCCUCGAAUUUUUCAAUUGGUCGUCAUCCGUACAACUGCCGUGUCGUCUACAUGCUGGAUUUCGGUCUUGCUCGUCAAUUCACCACUGGCACAGGUGAGGUGCGUCCAGCGCGUGCAGCAGCUGGUUUUCGUGGUACUGUUCGCUAUGCCUCAGUGAACGCCCACAGGAACAAGGAGAUGGGUCGUCACGAUGAUCUCUGGUCGUUGUUCUACAUGCUGGUGGAGUUUGUCAAUGGUCAGCUACCCUGGAGAAAAAUCAAGGACAAGGAGCAAGUGGGAAUUCUCAAAGAGAAGUACGAUCAUCGUUUGCUGCUCAAGCAUCUGCCAUCUGAUCUUCGUCUCUUCCUGGAGCACAUCCAGAAUCUCCAGUACGCCGACAAGCCGGACUAUGCGAUGCUGGCGGGUCUCUUUGAGCGCUGCAUGAAGCGUCGAGGUGUCAAGCUGAAUGAUCCCUACGACUGGGAGAGAAUAUCAAUUGCUAAUGAGGGAUUACCAACGACAAGAUCAUUGCCGACAGUAACAGCACCACCAGCACUCACCACAGCCACCACCAUCAAUCAGCCUCCAACGACACCAAAUGUCGACACCAACAAUCAGGAGAAUGUGGAGCCAGAUAACAGAAAAGAAGCAAAAAUGGACCUGGAGAGCCUCUGCAGACUUCUGCUGGGAAACGAUGGCUCUCCAGUGCCCUUUACUUCAGCGAUCAGUAAUCAUGGUAGAGAUAAGAAUUGCAAUGCUACCAUUCAGAUAACAGAUAAUACACAUCAGCAGGCUGGACAAGUUGCUGCCACUCCUCCUGUUCAGGGAUCACCUAAGAAGAGAAGAGCCGUCUCGAUGGCGGUGGAGCCACAGUCACCAGUGCCACCUGUUGAAAAACAGGUUGAUAACGAGGGGGAUGCUCUUAUGGCAUCAGCAAGAUCAGCUUCGGAAGUCGCAAGGUCCAAGACUGUUGCCAAUGCUGCCACACCUCUCAGGAAAUCAGCUAGUGGUGCGACAUUUGCGAGGCUCAGAGUUGUUGCACCACAGGAGAGCAACUCCGGCGAGCCACCCAGUCCGAGGAUACAGACUGAGGUUGAUGCUUCCUAUUGCUCGUACGAUGUUACGAAUACCAAGCAGGGAAAUCAGAGCCCUGUAACUGAGCAAAGGGAACCACUCAGGAGGGAGCUGAGAAGGAGGGCUGAACAAAGAUCACAGCCCAGGGCUGGAAGAUCUACUGUCAGGGAUUGUUCCAUCACACAGUUUGCGCAGAUUGAUGAUGAUAAUGUCUCUGCACUGCAGCAAGUGACAAGGGGAGGUGGGGGACUUACAUUGGCGUCACAGUGGAAAUCACAGUUCGAUGACUCGGAGGAGACUGAUAAUGAGUGGAAGGGGGAGAAUCUGCAGAGUCCGGAGCACAAGGGGACACCGCCUUCCAUCGUGCCGCAGUCCACAGUUGAUAAUGAGGCAGUAGCCACUGCCCGUUCCACCACUGGCACCCACGAAGCUAGAUCCCCCGUGGGUCAGGCAUUGUCUAUAACAGGGAAUAUGUCUCAGCAGGCAGCACUCAGUACGAUACAGACAGUAUUGUCGAGAAUAAGUGAAGAUUCACCGAGACCUGGUGCACCCAGGCGAUGCCUGAAUAUUACGGGAAUCGAGAAGUAUCCGGAUCUCCAGGGUGCACUACCACGUGCAUGGAGCGUACCGGCGCUGGCGCCACACGUACGAACUCAUCUUGAAGCACCGUUGGUACAACAAGCUGCCUUCGACGAUCUUCUGUACGAAGUUGACGUGAUGUGGAACGUAGCAAUGCGCCAUGACGAACCAAAGGACAGUGCAAUAACAAGAAGAGCUAGUGUACCAGCAGUGGCAUUCACAUCGUCAGGUGUUAUGAUGAAUGGUGAGGAAGAGGAAGAGGCAGUUGCUGGACGCCUUGAGAUACGAGUUGUCGAUCCAACAGUUGGUGCUACUGUCGUUCAAACGACUGCCGACAAGGAACCUAUUCAUAAAAAAUUGACAAAUGGCACAACAGGGAGUCCCGCGAGCCCCAAUCCCGGCCCCGAGGAGUCGUCAAUAUACUACGAUGCAACAGAGAGUCGUGUGAACACGAGCAAUACAUCAAUUAAUAAAGUUGUGACAAAUUCAACACCGUUGCCGACAAAUAACGCAGUCCUUCGUGAAUCAAGAGACAAUAAAGACCGUGAUACGACUGGUAGACCACAUAGUGUCCACAGUAAAAUACCAGUGCCAGUGAAAAGUCCACGAUGCUCGCUAUCAGAAUCCACGCCAGAUCAAAAUACUCCCAAUACUGGCAAAACUGGGACUACCAGUGAAAUUGACAAAUCCGGGGGAUCCUCCACUCAGUCCAGGGAAAAGGAUUCCGCAAUGAAGGGAAAGCCCUUGUCAGUCCAUACGGAAGCGCCUGCCCUGCGACGAUGCGCCACAUUGCCCGAUGCAAGACCCAGUCCUCCAUUAUUAACGUCCACCAGCUCCACCGAGGACGAGAAUCUGACCGGCUGUACCCCGGCCCUACGCCGGCGUAGGCAGAGUGAGAAAUACGUGACAGACGCUAGUCAAUUGAAUUUGAGAUUCCAAAGGCCCCAGCGUCGUGCAAGACCAAAUUCCGAGGUGCUACCGAGAUUUUACCCUCGUGGUGUGCCCUCAUAUCUACUCGAUACAGGUAAAAGAAAUGACGAGAGCAGCGAUAAUGACUCGGACAGCAGUGGAGCGCCAGUAUCCCAACCACCACUUCCACCAUCAUCAUUGCCACCUCAUGUGGCUGAGAACAAUGCUAGAUGCAGACGAUUCAGACCAGUCCCAGAGACAGCGAUCAGCAGAGAGUCGUGAGACUUGCUGAUGAAAAUGACAAAUGGUAUUGAUUCACAUCACAAUCAGCAGAGUUCUACCACAGCCGAAUAGGAAUGUGAUAACCUAUUGGAUAAAAAAAAAUUAAGUAAUUAGAUGAUUUUUUCUAGUAAGUGACUCAUAGUCAUGACAGAUAUCUUAUUUGGCUGAUGCAAGUGAGAAUUAUCAUUCCCAAUAACUGGGGAUAAAUGGGUAUAACGUACUUACCGUACCCCUGCGGUGUGAUUUCGUCGGAAAAUUAUCCAUUGGAGAGUGUUUUUAUUUUAAUGUCGAUUGGAGGAACGAGUGAGGGGACUCAAACGAUACUUGUACGGGACAGGGCAGUUUUUAAUGUCUCUGUACGUAUACAAACAUUUUGUAGAAAGACCUAGCGCUUUCUUCGAGAUUUUUUUGUGAAUUAUUCUUGGAGUUUCUUGAGACUGUUCUUGAAAAAUUCUAUUUAUUUUUGAAUUACAAAUUUUUACUUAAAGUCGUUUAAAAGUUAUUCAAAAUCAUUGUGGAUUAUUUAAUAUUAUUUCAAUUCAAAAUUAUGCAGCACUUCCGAGCAUUUUUAAAAAGUCUAAAACCCGAUAGUCAAGACAAUUUUUCCUUUUUCGUUGAUUUUUAUUGAGAGCCAAAUAUCUUCAAUCGAAUUAACACAAAAAAAAAUGGUUUUCACUUGAACAAUUGUUUUUUUGUAUAAUUUCUCGGAGAAUUCCCUGAAGAAAGUGCUAGAUUUACCUACUGAAUUUAUUUCCCACGUGUGAUAACGUGAAUUCACGAAAAGCUCACAUCCUUUUUUGUUUACGACUACUUUAAGUGAGGGAGAGGUUGUUUUGACGUUUUAUUAGUUUAUUGCAUUACGAUUGCAAUACCGUCUCAGUCAUUCUAGCUAUUUUAUGGAUCUCUAACAAAUGGGAAAUAAUCUGUACAAAAAAAUGAAAAAGAAGGAAAAAAAAAAUUAGUGAAUUCCAUACGAUUCUCAUUUUUAAAUGCUUUAUCGGAUUAUCGAAUGAUACUCGUGUUAAUGAAGGUAUUGGAGUGACGAAUACGAUAGUGAAUGUAUGACACUUGACCUUGUCUGUGCACUGAAAUCCCAUUGCCAGGUGGUUCGCCCAUAACUUCAAGAGAGUCUGAAGGAUCAACUGAAUUUAACAAUUUCAUAUUUUUACCUAGCGCCAUUUUUUUGUGUAAGGGCUGUCUUCAAGUGGAGUUACGUGAUCAGAUUGAUUUGCCUAAUUACAGACAAAAUAAUUUUUUUUAGUUUUAUGAAACUCUAUGUCCAACAUGCACUUAUCAUUACCAUACAUCAGAAAUUAGAUUUCAUUGAGAUCAAGAAAUGAUUUUCUCUGUAAUUAAAAGAGCCAAUUGGCUCACGUGACCCCUCUUGAAGAUUUCCCGUAAUUUAGAAAAGAAAUUGAUCUUUAUCCACGACCAUCAUCAUAGUUUUAAAGCCCCAACACUCUUUUUUUGGGUCUAUUGUGGAACUUAAUAAUCACUAAAAAAUGUGGAUAAUUAGAAAGGCUUUCGUGCAGUUGUGUGUGGCCUGUGGUUAUUUAAUCAUAACCAGAAAAUGGUGAACGAAAAAUAAGACGAGGCAGUGUUCUCCUUGUUAGAUUAUAUAAAUAGAGAAUAAUGGGGGAUUUGGGCGAGUGUGCUAGUCUCGAUGGAUCCAACUUAUUAAUUUCAACAGAAUGCAACAAUUUUUUUUUUUAAUGAACGUUUCAACCUUAGGAGAACUCUCUAGACGUAAUGAAAGAGAAAACUGAUACUAAACAGCUAGAAUUCCUCUAAAUAUAAUUAGCAGCGUUCAAUGCCACGAGAUAAUUGUAAAUUGUUUUUUUCUUUUAAUCAAAAGAGUUACUUUUGAAGUGAUUAUUUUGUUCUAAUGCGUAUAUCUGCGCCAGCAUUAUUGCAUAGUGGCUCAACAGCUGAGAAAAUUUAGGGGAUAAAAAGUGAAAAAAAAUUAUUAACGCAAGAAAACAAUUAAAACAAAAACUUAUUCUAAUAAUCCUAGUCAUUUAAGAUCAGUACAAUAAUUGUUCUUGUGCAAUUGAAUAAGGAAAAUAGCAUCGUAAUGCUUCGUAUGAGGGAAAAAAAAAUGAUGAAUCAGAGGUGAAAAUUUUUAUAAAUAUUAUGAGAGCGAUAUUGCUUUGUCGUUUUAAUCAACGCCAAGUGGUUGAUUAGGUGAAACAUAUACCAAAAGAUGAUUUAAAAAAAAAGAUACAAUAUUGAUAAGGUAGAUCUGAGAUCUAGCUAUUAAUUUUUAAUGAAUUUUCCGAUGCCUCGAUGGCAGGGCAUCACGAUAAUUUGGAAGAAAGAUUAUAAAUGAGGAAGAAUGAUUAAUCAAUUUUGUCGCGCACAUCUCUUGCAAUUUAGCUAAUCAAAAUCUAGUCAACAAAGAAAAAAAAACUAAUGUACCCGCACGUUAAUCACAUGUCAACUAAUUUUUAAGUUUAAUUCGUAAUAUUAUUGUCAUAAUGUAGAAUGCCUGGUGUUUUUCAUUGACUGCAGUGCAAACUAAAUUCAGUUAGUCUUCAUCCUGUGCCAUUGAAUUCAUAACUUAUCGAUAAACAAUUUACAGAUCGAUCUGUGAAGUUGAUAUAUUAAUUUAUCGCUUAUUUAUUGAUUUUACUGUAUAGUUUCAUUUUUUACCAGCGAGCAAUAACAUAACAAUUGAUGGGGACUAUUUUCCGUCAGGGUAGUGCAGUUUUCUCACUGAUAAUCAGUUAUUUGUGGAUUUAUGGAGAGUUGUGAGAGCUGUUUCGUGAAAGAUUCGAGUGAGAGAGAUGUCAGGAGAUAAGCAAGCUACGAAAUCCAUACGAAAGGCCAAAUUAACGAUAUUUAUUAAUUAUUGUUCAUAAAUUAUUACCAAUAAUUAGGGAUUAUACAGUAUUUUUAUGGAAGACAGUGGAAUUACUUUGUAGUUGUUCGCUUCCUAGAGAGAAUACUUAAUACGUGCAAUUUAGAAUUACUUUUGGUUAAAAAUAUUAUUAUUUUUUAUUUAAUGAAUCUAUAAAUACUCGGUAUUGAAGUACACAAUUAAGGCCCCGCUAUGCCCUUGUCCGGACGUUCUCUAGACGAUUUUUCAGAUGAUUUUUGUUCUAUAAAUACAGUCGAAGGGUUUUUGGCUGAUUUUUUGUCCCUACGAAAUUUUCAAACAUUGUAAAUCUCUUUUAAAAAAAGGAAAAAUUGGGGACAUUUUUAAAGAGAUGUCAAGAUGGAGGAAAGCAAGAGUAACUGCCAAAUCUUCCAAUACAAAAGCUCUACGAAAUUAAAAAAUAUAUGUUUAUAAUUUUGGGCGAUCUCGUAGUAGCAAGAAAUCAGUUUACGAUUAGCUCAGAUUAAUUACUUUGUUGACAAAAAAAAAUUGAAAAAGAAUCUAAAUAACGUAUGGAAUGGACUAUACCCAGGUCUCAAUUGCACGAUAGAAUUAGCUUGACUGAGUGCCAGAAAAAUUAAAUUGUCAUACAGAAGUGAAUGAAAUCAUUGACAUCAUAACGUCAAGAGAAAUGUUGCAUUCCGUUGACUGUAAACCGCCCAAACAAAGCCACAAAUUUCAACUGAAACGAAUGAAUAUAAAUCAACACAAAUAAAACAGUGAGAAAUCGUCAUUUAGGUUCCUGUACAUAUUAUCAUUAUGUACCACGACCGAAUAAAUAUUAAUUAUCACCAGAAUGAUUAAUCAUUGGUUAAUAAUGAAUACGAGGGAGAAAAAUAAUUGUAUCUUUUCUUCGCUUUGUGAUUUACAUUAUAUGAAUUUAACGAAUGAAAAGCAAAAAACUAUGUUAUUACAUGUGAAAUUAUAAUCAAACGUUUGAAUUCUCUUUGAUCCGGUGAUCCGCAUGAAAGAGUGUAAAAUUCAUAAUGAUAAAUGAAAUAAGGAACCACACGUGAAACAUUGUAAUUAUUGAGUCUGCAAAUAAAGUGAACAGAUUACUAUUGUCUAUGAA